UUCACUGUUCGAUUUAUCGAUACAUUUCGUUUUAUGGCAUCAAGCUUGUCGAAUCUAGCCGCUAACCUUGUAACACCAAACAUGACGAAAUUCCGUGAAACGGCUAAAGUGUUUAGACCAGCUGAUAUGUCUUUAGUUACUCGUAAGGGGGUAUAUCCUUACGAGUACACUGAUAGUUGGGAAAAGCUCGAUGAAACAAGUUUACCGUCAAUGAAUAACUUUUAUAGCUCGCUCACAGAGUCUAAUAUCGAUAAUACCGAGUAUCAACAUGCUUUGGAGGUUUGGAAUCAUUUCAAAUGUAAAACGCUUGGAGAGUAUAGCGACCUUUAUUUAAAGAUUGACGUAUUAUUACUGGCCGACGUCUUUGAAAAUUUUAGAGACAUAUGUCUGAAAGCUUACUCUAUAGAUCCAGCUUAUUAUUAUACAGCUCCAGGUAUGGCCUUCGAUUGCAUGCUGAAGAAAACUGCCGUGAAACUUGAGCUCUUAACGGACUAUGAUAUGGUCUUAGCAUUUGAAAAAGGUAUGCGUGGCGGAUUAGUACAAGCUAGCAUGAGGUACGCUAAGGCAAACCAUGAAAAAGCACCUGAUUUUGACUCGAGGAAACCAAAUUCCUGGCUUGUGUAUCAAGAUUGCAAUAACUUGUAUGGUUGGGCCAUGUCCGAAUAUAUGCCAUUCGGAGACUUUAAAUGGGUUGAACCCACAUUGAACGGGUUAAACGAUUUGGACGAUACCUCCCCAAUAGGGAGGAUUUACGAGGUUGACGUGAUAUAUCCACAAGAAUUACACGAUCAUCAUAAUGAUCUCCCUUUUCUACCUGAAAACGGAAUACCUGCAGGUUCAAAAGUAAAAAAACUGAUGGCGACUUUCGAAUCAAAAAAGAAUUAUAUUGUGCAUUAUCGUAAUCUAAAGCAAGCCAUUAAAAACGGGUUGAAAGUUGAAAAAGUACACAGAGUACUGCAAUUUAAGCAAUCACCAUGGUUGGCGGAAUAUAUCUCUAUGAACACGGAAAUGAGAAAGAUGGCUACUAAUGAUUUUGAAAAAGAGUUUUUCAAACUUAUGAACAACGCAGUAUUCGGAAAAACAAUGGAAUCGGUUCGCAAACGCAUAAAAAUUGAGCUUGUAUCAUGUCCACAACGAUUCCAAAAACUUGUCAAUAAAUCCACGUUUAAACAUGCGACAACGUACAAUGAAAAUUUGUCUUCGGUUUCGUUGGAAAAUAAAAUCAUCGAUUUUUGUAAACCUAUUUAUAUAGGUUUUGCAGUUUUGGAAAUCUCUAAGACGUUGAUGUAUGAUUACCACUAUAAUGUAAUGAAGGCACACUAUGGUGAUAAAAUCGAGCUGAUGUAUACUGACACCGAUUCACUGAUAUACUAUAUCCACACUGACGACUUUUACGAAGACCUUGCAAAGAACGUCAAUCUGCUCGACCGUAUGGAUACUUCUAAUUUACCACGAGACCAUCCAUGUUAUAUUGCCGAAAGAAAAAAGAUCCCGGGUCUGUUUUCAGACGAGACUGAUGGGCGAGUUAUGGAGGAGUUUAUAGCCCUACGAGCAAAGUCCUAUGCUUAUAAAAUCCAAGGAGUUGAUGAUAUGAAUGCAAAGGUGCAGAUUCGCGCAAAAGGCGUGAGAGGUCAUGUGGUUAAGAAUCAUAUGACAUUUGAGGGUCAUCGUCGAUGUUUGUUUGAAGGUAUGGAGUCGGUCGCCAAUAAUAGACAGCUGAACAUGUGUAUACGUUCAUUCAAACACCAGCUAAUGACAAUCAAAACAAAUAAAUUGACAUACAACAACUACGAUGACAAAAGAGUGGUGCUAGGCGAUAAAAUACAUACACUGGCUCACGGUCAUUAUAGUUUAGAGUAUGAUAACGAGCAGAUUGUUGAUUGGCCAGAUCAUGAGUUUACUGUAGACGUUACUGGGCGUGAGUGGGAGGAAUCGGAUAAAGAUUUAAUGAGAUUACUUCUAAUGGAAUGCAUGUCCAAAUAA